UUGUACUCACGGACGUGCUCCAGCUCCAAGGGCUGCGAGGAGAGCGCGGUCGGCGGACUGAGGAGAUUCGGACUCCGGGCUCAUUUAAACUCCACCAGAAUGGAAUACGUUCAGUAAACCAUCUUUUGGAGGAGUUGCGGGGACCCUGUGCCAUGGCCGUGGACGCUGCCGCUAGUUUUAGUUUCUGUCGCCCAGCUGUGGAGUACAAGGCCCUUCCCGAGGACUUCAAGUACCACCUCUCCCGCUGCACCGGGGGGAACCUGACCUGGCAUGAGGGCCGCAGCCAGAAGACGGCGGGGGGCCGUACAGUCAAACUCCUGCAGCAGCCAGGCACUGAAGGACUGCAGCUGCGUACAGGCGAUUCCUACUCCGUGUACCACACCAGUCCCACCAUCCCCAGUCUGUCUCGGCCAGUGGUGCUGUGGAGUCAACAGGACGUGUGUCGCUGGCUGAAGAAGCACUGUCCACACAACUACCUGACCUACGUAGAGGCCUUCUCCCAUCACGCCAUCACAGGCCGUGCUCUGCUGCGACUGAAUGGGGAGAAGCUGGAGCGCAUGGGGCUGGUGCAGGAGACCCUCAGACAGGAGCUGCUCCAGCAGGUGCUGCAGCUCCAGGUGCAGGAGGAGGGACGAAACCUGCAGCUGCUCAGCAGGGGUUUGUGUUCGUUCGGAAACCUGUCAUAAUCCAUCCAUCCGUGGACCCACUUGCCCAGGCAUGGCAGAGAGCGAGAGACCGAGAGUGAGCCAGAGAGGAAAGGGCAUCGGACCGUGCUAGGGGACGGGGGGUGGGGUGUAUAAGUGUGUUUGUGUGCGCGUGAGUGUGUGUGUGUGUGUGUGUGUGUGUCUGUCAGAGCCUCCGGCCCUGAGGCUUCUGAGACAGAUAGCGCCAGGCUGGACCAGAGCACUGGAAACGGACUUCUUGAGAGACAUGCUGGAAAGGCCUCCCAUCGAGGCCCCCCGACUGCAGCCUCCUCUCAUCACACACUCAGUGGAGCGGUGUGCCGUAGCCCGCAGCAGUGGACAGAGGAGGCCUGAGAACACGGGGAGGGCAAGGAGAGCAUGUUGAGCACUGAGCUCUCCUCUACUGCUGCUUCUGCUUCUGCUUCGGCUUCUGCUCUUCCAUCGUCUCGUUUUCCCCCUUAUUUGUUGUUGGCGGCAGACGGGCCGAGCUGGGAACCGAUUCCAUGUUAUUGUCUUUCUCAUCGCUGGACUUAAGAGACAUCCUGAGAGUGAGAGUGGAGAGUGAGUGAGUGUGUGUGUGUGUGUGUGUGUGUGUGUGUGUGUGUGUGUGUGCAAAUGUAUGUUUGUUGGUUUGUUUGUUUGUUUGUGUGUGUGUGUGUGUGUGUGUGUGUGUGUGUGUGUGUGUGUGUGUGUGUGUGUGUGUGUACUGUAUAUGUACAGUAUGUGUGUGUUUGUGUGUGUGUCCCUAAUUGCGCACCAGCACAACUGUUUGGUAGAAGUGGAAUGGACUGUGCAGUGUGCAGACUGCGCCGCAUGCUUCAAAGUCGCCCCAGAUGACAGAAGGCAGAUGCCAACAAAGGAGAGAAUGCAUGAGUCCCUCUUCGCCCCAAGGACCCAGUUCUUCCAUCAAACAGACCAGUACUCAUUGACACUAAAAAGCGCUGGGACUUCACAAGACAUUGUCAUGCAUACGGCAUACUCACUUUUGCAUAAGGAAUACCAAUAAGUUACUUUAAAAGCAUUUAUUUGCCCCAUAUGUUUAUGUUAGUAUAGGUAAAUGGAAACAGAUUGAUUGAUUGUGUUUUGAUAUUUAUAGUACUAUCAAUAGAACUUAUUAUUUUACCAUAUGGACUGGCAUCUCCUGAUUAUUUGACAUGUCAGAGAUAUAGGCAUCGAUUGUUAUGCUAAAUUGGAUUGUGUCAGUUGCCCAACGGCUAGAAUGAUUGAUAAUGAAUUCCCACCAGUAGGCUAUGUUAUGUUUUGUUGUUCGAGCCAUGUGUCUGGGUGAUGUAUGACCUAUUCUAAGAUCCUUCCAUGAGAUAUGUCCAGCAAAUUGUGUUGACACAAGUGACCUCAAGGGAGAGGUGAUCACUAUAAUUGCAAAUGUAUUUGGAGUCACUUGUUUGCCAGUUCAGUUGAUGCCACUGAUCAGUAUCUGCCAGAAACAAUAAAACCAAAUCAGUUAGAUUUGUCAAAGGUGGUCACCAUUAAAUUAGGCUGCAACACAUGUAUCAUGUCCUACCAUAUGGCGUAAACGAAAUGACUGUAAAAGACUUCUGAAACACAUCCAGACAGUUACAAGACAUAUAGCCUACUGCUGUUUAAUAUUGUUGAGUUUGCUUAUUAUUAAGUCAGUUUUACCUUUCUGCGUGAUGUACCCAGUUAUCGGCGACAAAAAUAAAAUGUACAAAACCUGUGGUGUUCUUUUGUGAAGAGACAACUGGGUAUAUACUGCCAUCAUCUGGUGGUUGAAAAUAGCAUUCCCGGCCAUAUAGAUCAUAAAUCCAAGAUAUGAUAGCCUACUCGCUGUUAUCAAAGUAAGUCAUUUUCUGUGCGCUAUAAUAAAUGGAUGAAACUGA